CCCUUUGCGGAAGCGGAACUUACCGUGAAAGUUCACCCUGCUUGGAAAAGAACCCAAGUGACAAGCGGUCCAGCUCGUGAAGACGAGAAAUAACAGAACAACAGCGAUGUCUUUGACAUUUGAUGGAAGAGUUGUGCUCGUCACCGGUGCCGGGGGAGGUCUUGGGAAGGAAUAUGCACUGGCCUUUGCUGAAAGAGGAGCAUCUGUUGUAGUGAAUGACCUUGGGGCAGACAGUAAAGGGGGUGGAAAGAGUUCUGCGGCUGCCGAUAAGGUUGUGGACGAGAUAAAAGCCAAGGGAGGAAAAGCAGUGGCCAACUAUGACUCCGUGGAAGACGGAGAGAAGCUCGUUCAAGCGGCGCUGGAUGCGUUUGGAAGAAUAGAUAUUGUCGUAAACAAUGCCGGGAUCCUUCGUGACCGCUCAUUUAUCAGGACAAGCGAUUUGGAUUGGGACCUCAUUCACAGAGUUCACCUGCGAGGCUCCUUUUUGGUGACCCGCGCCGCCUGGAAUCACAUGAAAAAACAAAAGUUUGGCAGGAUCAUCAUGACGGCUUCAGCCGCGGGCAUCUACGGCAACUUCGGCCAAGCCAACUACAGCGCAGCCAAGCUGGGCCUGCUGGGCCUGUCCAACACGCUGGCAAUCGAGGGACGCAAAUACAACAUCCACUGCAACACCAUCGCUCCCGUUGCCGGCUCACGCCUCACCGAGACCGUCAUGCCUCCAGAUCUGGUGGCGGCACUGAAGCCAGAGUACGUCGCUCCCAUGGUGCUGUGGCUCUGUCAUGAACAAUGCCAAGAAAACGGAGGACUCUUCGAGGUCGGCGCUGGCUGGAUUGGCAAAUUGCGCUGGGAGCGAACUAAGGGCGGCAUCACUAGACAGAGGAACCAGCCCAUGACUCCCGAAGCUGUCAGGGACCAGUGGGACAAAGUUUGUGAUUUUACAGACGCAACCAAGCCCACUACAGUACAAGAAUCUCUUCAGUCCAUUGUGAGCGUACUGUCCAAGGUGGAGUCGGGGCAGAACGUUGACGCCGGCCCAACUUCUGCUCCUGCUGCAUCCUCCACCUCUGGCAUCAACCCUACUGCAGCAGUCGGACAAAAACUUCCCCCGACAACGUUCGGCUUCUCGCACACACAGUGCAUCCUGUACGCGCUCGGUGUGGGCAUGUCCACCAAGGACCCCGACCACCUCAGGUUCCUGUACGAAGGCCAUCCAGACUUUGGUUGCCUCCCCACCUUCGGGGUCAUUCCCUCCCAGGCGGCCAUGAUGGAGGGCGGCCUGAGCUCGUUGCCUGGACUCAAAAUCGAUUUGACACAGGUGUUACAUGGCGAGCAGUACCUAGAGCUCUACAAAUCUCUUCCCACCUCUGGACAACUGACCUCGGAGGCCACCAUCGCAGACAUUUUGGACAAAGGCUCCGGGGCUGUUAUCCUCCUUGAUGUGAACACGUACGGCGGCGACGAGCUGCUCUGCUUCAACCAGUUUUCUGUGUUUGUGGUUGGCGCCGGAGGGUUCGGAGGAAAAAGAACAUCGGAGAAAGCCAAACCUCUUGUGCCGCCACCUCAGCGAGCUCCAGACGUAGUGCUGGUUGAUUCUACCACUAACGACCAGGCAGCCUUGUACCGUCUGAGUGGUGACUGGAACCCCCUCCACAUUGAUCCCAGCUUCGCUGCCAUGGGAGGCUUCCAGGCACCCAUCCUGCACGGCUUGUGCUCGUUUGGCUUUGCGGCGAGACACGUCCUCAAGCAAUUUGCCGGCAAUGACCCCGGCAGAUUUAAGGCCAUCAAGGUCCGCUUUGUGAAGCCAGUGAUGCCGGGUCAGUCUCUGCAGACGGAGAUGUGGAAGGAAGGCAGCAGAGUUCACAUUCGGUGUAAAGUAAAGGAGACUGGAGCCGUGGUGCUAUCAGGCGCUUACGUUGAUUUACACGAAACGGCCGAGACAUCUCAAUGUCUUCCACAGGCGGAGGGAGACCUUCAGAGCGAGCUGGUGUUUGCAGAGAUCGGCCGCCGCAUCCAAGAGUCGGGCGGCGAGCUGGUCAAGAAGGUCAACGCCGUCUUCGGCUGGGAGAUCACAAAAGACGGCAAGAAUGUGGCUGAGUGGACCAUCGAUCUGAAGAACGGGAGCGGCGCGCUGCAUCGCGGCGCCUACGGCGGGAAGACGGACGUGACUUUCACGGCAUCAGAUGACGAUUUCAUGGAGGUGGUGCAAGGCAAACUCAACCCUCAGAAGGCCUUCUUCUCAGGGAAGCUCAAGAUUCGAGGGAACGUCAUGCUAGGCCAGAAGCUGGAGGUCAUCCUGAAGCAUCAUGCCAGGCUGUGAGCGCCUCCCACAACAGCCAACCCACUCACUGGAAGGGGGUGUUUCAUUUAUCUAGCUAAUAAAAUCCAUACACAGCCCGCACGAGCAUUUGUUUUAACCAGCCAUGAAAUUCUAAAUCCAAAAGUUCAAUGCAACUAUUAUAAAAAUGCUCAUGUAAUAAUAUGUUCAUAAAUUAAUAUAGUCCUCUGAGGACUUUAUAAAAAGGUUUCCCACCCCUGAUGUAAACUUAAUAGUUGCCUGGAUAGGAUAAGCCUGUUAGCAUCUUCACAGGACAUCCAUCACAAUUAAUUCAGAAAAUGAGUGUAAUUGAACUAGUUACUCACCUUGAACGGAUCCAUCCCGUUGUCAUUUUCUGACCUUGAUGUGCCAAUAAAAUCUUACUUAUUGAUCUCCAAGCUCACUUCAAUCAUGUUUUUCUUCCUCUGGAAUCACACUUAACACUGGCAGAAAUGAAUUCGUGGAAGUGAUCCUGACAGCCAUUUAAUGAAUUGUACAGAAAUGUUUCUCUUCUAAUCAAUGCAAAUAUGUGGAAAUUUAAUAUAAUUUUUUGCUCUCCUAAUAAAAUAAAAACUUGGAAUCUCA